GCUACAGGGAGCGACAGACGUAACUAGAGCACAGUAGACUGUUAGUCCUGUACCUACAUAUAUAGUAUGGCUUCUACUCUCAUAUAUACUCCUACAGUCCCUAUUUUUGAGCACGCAUUCAACGCUGAUCGCUCAGAGGUUGCAAUCACUACUGCGUCGAACAAGGUUGAAAUUCUCUCCAAGCAACCAGAUGCUUCUUGGAAAGCAACAAAGACUUUCUCUGAUCACGAAAAAAUCGUUACCUGUGUCGAUUGGGCACCGAACACUAACAGAAUUGUUACAUGUUCACAGGAUCGUAAUGCGUAUGUUUACGAGAAGCGUCCCGAUGGAUCUUGGAAGCAGACACUCGUACUUCUCCGCAUCAACAGAGCUGCCACAACUGUCCGUUGGUCGCCAAAAGAGGACAAGUUUGCUGUUGGAAGUGGUGCUCGCGUAGUAUCAGUGUGUUAUUUUGAAGAGGAGAAUGAUUGGUGGGUCAGUAAGCAUUUGAAGAAGCCUUUGAGAAGUACGAUUCUCAGUCUCGAUUGGCAUCCCAACAACGUCUUGUUGGCUACCGGCUGCGCUGAUCGUAAGGUGAACGUUUUGUCGGCAUACAUUCGCGACGUAGACUCAAAGCCCAAUCCCUCUGUUUGGGGUGCCCGUCUGCCUUUCAACACUAUAUGUGCUGAUUAUGUUGCUGGCGGUUGGGUGCAUUCGGUCAAGUUUUCGCCUUCUGGUGAUGCUUUGGCUUUUGCUAGCCAUGAUUCUACAGUCACCAUCGUCUAUCCUUCUGCUCCAGAUGCACCUCCUCGUGCAGUGCUGAAGGUGCAAACGUCUCAUCUGCCCCUCCGUUCCAUCUUGUGGGCAAAUGAAAUGUCCAUUGUAGCUGCAGGUCACAACUGCUCACCCAUACUACUUCAAGGAAACGAGUCUGAAUGGACUUGUGUCCGUGACUUGGACCCUGGUAGCAAGCAACACCCUGCCAUUACGGCCGCAGAUGACGACGCGGGAGAAGAGUCUGGUCCUGUUUCCUUUUCAGCUCUUCGUUCGACUUUCCGUAACAUGGACUUGAAGGGUUCCGCUAGUAUGGAAGUUUCAUUGCCUACUGUGCAUCAAAACUCCAUUGCCUCCAUCCGUCCUUACACCAAUGCGUCCGCUACCGACGUUAGUACCUUUAGUUCCAGUGGAGCUGAUGGUCGUGUUGUUAUUUGGCAGCUCUAAAUUUUCUUAACAUAAACGGAAUACAAGGUAGGCAUUAGGUGCUAAACUCAUAUACGACGAUUCCUACUUCUGCAAGCGAUUCAUAACUGGUAGAUGGUUACACGGCUUCGCCGCAGCUCUUUCCUUACAUUAUGAAUUCACUAAUGAUUUUCCACUUCAACCCAAUGUUCUAUAAUGUUUUGUAAUGUCGAAUGUUUAUCUUUAUAUUGUAAGUACGAAUACCGUUCUUCGGUUUGCGUAA